UUCUACCAUAUAACAUACCAUAAUUUGUGAUUCCAAAAACCAAUGGUUUUCAAAACAAAAAUAUUUUAAUAAAAACACAAAAAAAUAAAGAAAAUUGGAAGUAUUCAAUUGUAUUCAAUACAAUGGGAGAUGAAAAGCAACCGGAUGAAAUUUCGCAAACAGAGUCAGACACUCCAAAAGAAGUUGACCAGAAAGAAAAUGGUGAUAACAUUAAAUCUGACAAAGUUAAAGUUGACAUUUUACUAAAAGCAACUGGUAAUGCUCCUAUAAUGAAGAAAAAGAAGUGGGCUGUUGAUGCGGAAAAGCCGAUUGGCUGGAUAAUGGAGUUUGUCAAGAAAUAUCUCAAGUUGGAACCUGAAGAGAAACUGUUUCUCUAUGUGAAUCAAACCUUUGCACCAUCACCAGAUCAAAUAAUCAAGAAUUUGUACGAAUGCUUUGGCACAGACGGCAAACUGGUGCUACAUUACUGCAAGAGUCAGGCUUGGGGCUGAUUGUGAUGAUUACUUCAUAGAGUCAUAAUUUAAGAGGCUGUAAUAUUGCCAUUUUCAUUUUUUUUACAAGUACCUACUUUACAAGUUUUUUAUCAAACUUCUGUCAAAACUUGUGUUUUUGAAGUAAACAAGUCUAAAUUAAAAAUUUAUAACACCCCCGA